AUGCCCUCAACAUCACAACCUAUUCCACCUGCGCAGCUGACGAAUUUCCCUGACACAACGCGUAUCAGUGGAGGCGCUGGCAGCCGCGAGCUCUGGUAUGUCUGUCCCAUUUCCCUCCGUCUGAGCCAUCCAACCCCCCUGCAGGAAUUCGGUAUCGACAUUAUCGGUGAAGACAACAAGACCACCAUCCACCACAAAGUUGCUGCCCGCGUCAUGUGUGUAUUCACUGACGAAGAUGCACAUCUCGCUGUCCACGUAGAGGCCAUCCCAACAUCCGCCUCUCUUCCUCCCGACAUCCAGGUGAACUCCAGAAGAGCCGUGACACUGGCGCAGAACUAUGAGCUCUUCAAUACAUUCACGACACGCUCGGUGCCCCAAAACCUACCACACUUCACCCAAUUGCUCCCUCCCAUGCGUUCACAACAAGCCUCGACCACCUCUGCACCCACACCCGCAUCUGCCACGCCCGCAAACCCAGCACCCCUGCACCUCCCCCAGAGCACCCUGACCUUUCUCCUUCGAGCUCGGGCCAUGUUGACUCAAGUCGUUGCCCACUCUUCGCAGUAUGCGACUAUCUUUAUCCUCCUUCGAGCUUGA